UGUACUUCCUGUGUCACUUUUUUUUACCGUCAACAAAAAUAGAGCUACAAUCUAUCUGCAAUAUUAAAGCUGAUUUAGCCCCCUAAAUUUAAAAAAAUAAAGCUAUCGUUAAAAACAAGUAUGUGUGUAGAUUUGGAUUAGUGUCAGCCUAGGUUAACGGACAUGGUUUGAAAAUGAAGUCGAAACAUUUUCACAACUAUAUUAAUCGUUUUCCAGGAACAUCGAUUUUCUAUCUUAGUUCGGUACCAACAAGUUAGCUAGCUUGUAGCUAACGUUAGAACGCUAGAUAGCUAGUUAUCACCUUGCAAAAAAUAAUCCAGCAAGAUUAGGCUAGCUAAGUAGCAAGUUAACAAGGCAAACCGAGACUACUCGGCGUAGGUAGAGACCAAUAGCGAUAUUGAUCUUUGGUCGGGAGUCAAGCCUGCAAUUUCUUGAAAAUGGACGAGGCGUCCCCAGCAUCUCUGACAGACCUGUGUCUGUCCUACGUGAGUGGGAACCUGGAGAAGUUCUGUGCGAAGCACGCCGAUGGAUCUCUCUGUCUCAGAGACUCUUUACUGUUCCCCCAGGAGCUAGCUGACCAGCUGUUAGCUAAGAUGGCCACUGAAGGUCUGUUGAAUGACAGUACAGUGGGAGUGUUUCGUAGCUGUGAGUACCUACGGCUGCGUCGUGCGUGUAUCCGGACUGCUCGUAUCUCUGCCGAGGCGUUCCAGAGAGCUCUCUGUCCUCACCGCCUGCUGGAGCUGGACGCUGCCAGGGUCAACGCUGACCUCACCAUCUCUGACAUACUACAGGGACUGGCCUCCAACAAACACUGCCAGGAGAGCUUACAGCGGUUGGUCCUGACAGGUCUAACCAUGUCCUCUCUGGAGGAACCAUCCCAUCACCGCUUCAGCUCUCUCCAGGGGCUCCGCUCCCUCUCCCUGGCCAAUGUGGACUUCUACGACGCAGGGCUGGCUGACGUGUGUUCCCUACCCCGGCUGGAGAGCCUGGACCUGUCCAACACCUCAGUAACCAACCUCAGUCCUUUACUGGGCCUCAGGGAGAGGCUGAGGUCACUAACACUACACCAGGUGAAGAGGCUGGAGAUGAGCACCGCACAGCUAUUGGCCGUCAUUGGACAACUGGAGGCUCUGCAGCACCUGGACAUCAGUGAUGAUAAACAGUUCACAUCAGACGUGGCUCGUCAGUUGCUGGGCGAACCUGGGAUCCUGCCUGCUCUGGUCUCUCUGGAUGUGUCUGGACGCAAACAGGUGACAGAUGCAGCGGUCAAGGCGUUUGUAGAGGAACGUCCAGGGAUGACCUUUGUUGGUCUGCUGGCUACAGACGCUGGCUUCUCUGACUUCCUCAAUGGAGAGGGCAUCCUCAAGGUGACAGGAGAGGCCAAUGAGACUCAGAUCUGUGAGUCGCUGCAUCGCUACAGUGAGAGAGACGGCUUUGUCAGAGAGGCUCUGUUUCAUCUGUUCAGUCUCACUCACGUCAUGGAGAAACCACGGCCUGACAUACUCAAGUUGGUAAUACUGGGGAUGAAGAACCACCCUGCCACCCUGAACGUCCAGUUGGCAGCCAGUGCGUGUGUGUUUAACCUGACCAAGCAGGACCUGGCAGCGGGCAUGCCUGUUAGACUGCUUGGCACAGUCACUCAACUACUGUUGGAGGCCAUGAGGACCUUCCCGAACCACCAACAGUUGCAAAAGAAUUGCCUUCUCUCUCUGUGCAGUGACCGCAUACUGCAGGAGGUCCCCUUCAACAGGUUUGAGGCUGCUAAGCUGGUGAUGCAGUGGCUAUGUAACCAUGAGGACCAGAACAUGCAGAGGAUGGCUGUGGCUAUCAUUUCUAUACUGGCUGCCAAGUUAUCUACAGAGCAGACAGCCCAGCUGGGAGCAGAGCUGUUCAUAGUGAAGCAACUUCUCCACAUUGUGCGUCAGAAGGCGACUCAGGGCGGGGUGGAUGCCACCCUCAAGUUCACACUGAGCGCGCUCUGGAACCUCACCGACGAAUCACCAACCACCUGCCGCCAUUUUAUAGAGAACCAGGGACUGGAGCUGUUCAUUAAAGUUCUGGAGUCAUUCCCCUCGGAGUCUUCCAUCCAGCAGAAGGUGUUGGGGCUGCUUGUGAGUCAUAGUGAACCUUUGACUGACAGUGUAUUUAUUCUACUGAACAACAUAGCAGAGGUUGGGGAGCUGCAUGAGGAGCUGAUGGUUCAGGGCUUUCUGGAUCACAUCUGCUCCCUGCUCCACAGCCCUGAGGUGGAGGUGUCCUACUUCGCUGCUGGGAUACUGGCCCACCUCACCUCCAGAGGAAAGGCUGCAUGGACACUCAGUAUCACACUGAGGUCUGACCUGCUAGAACAACUGCACUCUGCCAUCCUGAAGUGGCAGACCCCAGAGUGUGAGAUGGUGGCUUACAGGUCCUUUAACCCUUUUUUCCCCCUGUUGGAGUGUUUCCACACCCCAGGAGUCCAGCUGUGGGCAGCCUGGGCCAUGCAGCAUGUCUGCAGCAAGAACGCCCCUCGGUACUGCAGUAUGCUGCUGGAGGAGGGAGGUCUGCAGCAGCUGGAAAAGGUCCAGACACACCCCGACACACACGCAGAUGUCAUGCGAUUGACUGAUGGCAUCCUGGAGAGCCUGCAGCGCCACCAGGCUCGCACCGGCCAGACCACACAAACACCCCCACACACACACAAAGAGAGUGAUACACCCUGAUCAGAACCCAUUCCACCUGUAAUGUCAAGACAAGUGUCCAGGAAGAGGUGUGUGUUCACACAUGUUCAUUAAGCCUGUCGCAUGCUUCCCAGUCGAAACAGUUUGCGCCAAAUUUUUACGUUUCUGAUUAUAUUGGAGUUCGCAGGUUUUUUUUCCAGUUGUUCGAGCACCAAAUGUGUUCUUGAGGCAAGCCAAAGUCAACAGUACUACGGGAUUCUUCAUUGAAGUGUUUGUCAUUCAGUGAACCUAGUUUUAAUGCACAUUUUUCACUUGAGAAAUACUGCACCAAAUUUAGCAAAAUGAUUUACAGAUUCCUUGAUUCUUCGUAGAUUAUUUCUGACUAUUGAGCAGGUGGCUAUGUUGCUACGGCGUUUCAAGAGGGAGAAACGGUAAUAUUGCAUUUUCUUUUCUCAUUUUUCAAGCAAAGGUAUUUUAAGGGAGUAUGCGAGGCACAGACAUUUGCUUCGCCUCGCCGAGUUCUACUUGGCGUAAACCAAACCUAGUAUGUGGGCGCCUAUAAACUGGGGUGAGGAAAGACACCCUGUCACAAGGUGGUGCUGUAAAGUGAAUGAGAGAACAGAAACGACGCAUUUCUUUGCACACAUACCUUGCUGUUAUUUAUUUUCUUGUUUGGUUCAAAAGCAACAGUAUGACUAAGUGUACUACUGUUGGGAUAAAGAAAUGAUGAUUGAUUUAACUAAAGAAAAAUAAACCUUAAGACAAGCAUGAGUUGUUUGUGAACAGCGUCCAUAGCAUGAAUAGAAAACCAGUUGAACUAUAUGGUUUAACUGUUUCUUUCCUGUUGGACUCUGAAAGGGCCGAAUCCUGCACGCAUCUUGGAAGAGUCACACUAAUCGACAUCAAUUAACACCAUUGACAUCGAUUCAUGGUUGGAGUUCUGCAGGCGCACCAAGUUUGGAUUCGGCCCCUAGAGGGCACUACAUACCCUACGCAAACAGUGAUGGGGCGUCGUAUACGGGCCAUUCCCAAAUUGGAUCCACACAAAAGUAUGUAGAAGUACCUAGAAAACGAAGCUGUUGCUGCGUUUGCGUAAAGUGUGUAGCAGCCUUAAAGCUCAGUUCUGGGGUUGAGAGUCCUAAUCAGCCCCUCUGGCUGAUUAGCUAAUAUAUGCACAUGACGGUGUGAUUUCCCAGGAUGCUCAAGUUUGUCUGAGUGAUCUUUUGAUUCGCCCAGUUUGUAGCAGGACUAUUCAAAUCCAGACAUGGAGGUCCACAAUACAGUCCAUAGUUAUUUUCUCUGUGGUAGUUAAUUGAUAAUUAUAAAUGUAUGAAUUAAUUUAUGGAUACAUUUUUGCCACAGUGUAUACUCACCAGGGGUUGCAGGUCUGAAUCAGUCCGUGAUUAGAGGGUUAGGAUGAAAACCAGCAGUAUUGUGGACAUCCAGGACAAGAUUUGAGUUCUCCUGGUUUAUAAAAAUGAUGUUAAUAGUAAUGUUUUUUUCCCUUGUGGACAAAAAUGGCAAUAAAUAUACUGGUCAACAUUAAUACAUUAAUACAUUAAUACAAUACAACUUUGCACAGUAGGAAGAAAACUUAUUUUCUUGAGUUCUAUGUGCUUCCAUGGUUGCUGGUCUGUGUGCAUGCUUGCAUAUUUGGAUCAGUGUAUAGGUGAGUGUGUGUUUGAUGCUAGGGGGAGUGUUUGUACGGACAUGGCCCACAUGACUCACAGCGCAGGGAGAGCUGUGACUUCCCUGGUCUGGAAAGGAGGCCGUUUGUUAAUGCAAUAUUCACCCAGAAAUUGUGUGACGGGUUUUAUGGUUUCUCAAUGUUUUUUGUUGUUGUUUUUUUCCCCUCUGGGUUUGAGACCUCGAUGUUUGGAUUUGAAAAUCCAACUGUUGUAGUUGAAGGGGGUGACGCUCGGGGGCUGUGCAUCUGGGUGUUUGAGUGAGAAAGAGGAGAACCAACCAGCAAAAUCACAGCCCCCUUCAUUAUCGACGCAUUGUGCCGUCAACCUCAAAGAGCCAUUCCUGACUCUGAAGUCAGGAGGACUUAGAGUUAAGUGCUAGCCUCUAUAGCCAGACAAGUGUUUGUAGUUUCUCAUCGCCCAUAUUCAAGUACAGUCUUUAACGAUUGGUUUAAAGUGUUGGAAACAAUAUAAUAUGUUUUGUUGUUUAUUUCAAAAGGAGGUACUUAAGAAAACGUAGGAGGCAAAACUGUGUUGAAAAUUCUGCGAUUAAGGGGAGAGGCAGCGAGAAUAGCGCAAUCCCAAAAAGACGCCUAUCCCAGGGGUGUUGAACUCAUUUUGCCCCAGGGGCUGCAUUCGCUUUUUGAUGGCCGCUCUAAAAAUGUUAUUUCCUUGCCGUCAAAAUGACAAAAUUGUCUAUCUGCAACGGUCUGUACAUUGCACCCUCCUGAGCAUGAGCCUGGUUGUGACUAAUAAUGAUAUAUGCUACUGAUCUCGUCUUCAUUCUCUAUGCAAUGGCGGCUGAAACUACAUUUCAUGCCUGCUGGCAAAUCUCCACAUGCUUGAUUUCAAAUCAGCCUACAAUUUGUAUGUGCAUGCUACCACUGCAUGGGUCAAAGUAUCUCCUCUAUGGCAUCAAGAGAAAUGCACAGAACAAACUGAACUGUAAACUAAAGUCAGUAUUUUCUACAUUUAUACUGACAGAAUAUUACAUUUGAGUUGUCAUCUCACUAUGAUUGAAGCUGUGGGAAAGUUUAGUCUUGUCUGUGCAUUCCCCUAAUGUGACAGUUUCCUCUUUCUGUAUGGGUAUUUCAUGAAACUGGGAGUGGGGUGGCUCUAAAGGGAAGGCCAUUUGCUAAGAUGCCAUUUUGCUGCUGAGGGUCAUUUUUUCAUGUUUCUGAAAUAAAGAAUGUACACCCCCA